AUGUGGGAGUCAUUAGCAGACCCCAACCAAGCCGCACCGAAAACAGAACCCCAGCUUGCAGCUUUGUACUCCGAUAUCAGGGACCAGAUAUCCCAGGAAGCUCAGAUCAUCGAAGUUGUCUUUCCUCAUCCGGUCGUGGUCAUGCAAGUCUUCCUCCAAAGAGUCUUCGCCCAAGUCAUCCAAAGCCAUCUCGAAAAGUUGAUCAGUGCUGCCCAAGGUAGCAGUACCCUCGCCUUUUUGAGAGUCCUUGCCCUGGCUCGUUUCAGUACGGCUCAGCUGGUCAACGAUAUCAAAGCACACGACUUCUUCCGCUCCAGUUCUUCGAUCAACCCGUCUACAUCCGAGGCUUACCCAUUGGCUAGACGUGGUAGCGAUGAUGCUGAUGUGGAUAAUAAAACUUCUGCUGGAGCCAUCCAAGCCGUGUCCGGUGGACCUGGGAUUUCUGCGCUCUCCGGUAUGCUGGACCAGCAACUCGAUGAACUCUUCGGCCAACAUCUCGACAAUAGUCGAUAUGUGGAGCGCGAGUGCAAAAGUUUGACUGAGUUGUAUGCAAGCUAUCUACUUCAGUUUGCAAGAUGGCACCGUGCAACAAAUAAAGCCAAACCGACAAACACGAUUUUUGAUCGAAUGGUCAACCAAAUCUCAUCUUCUGCCAAUGGAACGCCUGGGACUACCCAAACAAGUGGUCUCAAAUCCUUACUGAAACUGAGCGGGAUCUCGGCUGAUGAUUCAACUAACCCACUGACGGAAGGAGUUCCUACCACCCCUGAGCUCUGCGAAAGUGAUGGUCAGUUGGACUUGAAUGUCGUUGAGAAAUUGCUUACUUGGCACGCAGAGAGUGUCGGACGGAUGAUUGAGCUCUCGUCACCGAGCGAAGUACCCGAGAAUGUAUUUUCACUCCUCAAGACACUGGCUGAAAGCUUUUGCAAAGGAUAUGUUGAAACAGCACUCGAAACAUCCUUGGCCCAAUUCUCGAGUUACGACCUCAAAGCUGAGCCGAGCCUGAAGACGGUGACGGUGAUCAAGACGGCCGACAUGGCGAUGCAUCUGUGGCAACGAUACGUGACCACAACAAUCGUUCCACUGGCUGCUGCCAGUGUGAACAUCCGAAGAGAGAUGUCAAUAUUUAACAAUCAUACCAUGGUUCGAAUCGAAAACAAGAUCAAUUCAGUGGCUCAGAAAGCCUUCGAAUGUAAUUGUUACCAUCACCAACAGCAUAAUCCCCCACCAGAGAAGGGCCAAAGUAACUCAAUGAUGAUAUGGGGGGUCUUGAUCUUCAUCUGUUCCAGUUGCUUAUGGAUCAUUGGGAUUCCAUUGAUCCUAUUCGACCUUGAUAACUUUAGCGACACUCUGGGUGUUUCAAAUCAGCAUCAUAAUCCUAUCAAUACCUCUUCUUGGGGUUGGGUGAAGUGGCUAUUGGUUAAGAUUUUGGAUGAUCAACAUUACAAAUUUGUCAUCCCUCUUCAAAUCACUUUUGGUUUAAUCUUUCUGGUGUAUAAAGUAAAGGAUCCUGCCAUCCAUCAUUUCGGUACCCCCCUCACCUCAGUACCUCCGUUGGAUUUGUUAAUCAUAAUACGUUCCUUCAUCCCCAUCUUUCUAUCCUUAUUUCUUUUUGCCCCGAUAUUGUCACCCUGA